GAAAGUUCUCAUAGGAACCUCGUGAUUUUUCAUCUGCUGAACCGUUUCCGUCACGUCAAAGUUUGUUUUCUUUAUAGUCUUAUAAAGUGUCCACUAUUAGUUACAAAGAGAGGGAAAAAAACGGUUUCUUGUUUCUUGUUUUUUGUUUCUUUGAAUUGUUGCUCUCAAAGAAGGUUUUGGUGGAGAUGAAUCAUUCUGGAGGUGAAAGUGAUCAUAACAGAAAGUUAGUUGAAGUUACCAAGGACAAGAAUGGAAUAGGCCAUGUCGUUCUUCGAAACCCUCGAGGAGCUUCGGCAACGGUUAGCUUGCACGGAGGGCAAGUUCUUUCGUGGAAAACGGAACGCGGCGAAGAGUUGUUGUUUUCUAGUACUAAGGCAAUCUUUAGUCCUCCGAAACCGGUCCGAGGAGGAAUCCCAAUCUGUUUUCCACAGGUAAUUUUACCGAUACUAGUAGGCUUAAGAAUUUGUUCAAGAGGUAUGGCAGAAUGUGAGCUUCUCAAAUGGUAUGUUCAAGAGGGUGAUAAAGCUACUAUAGAAAUUACGAGCCGGUAUAAAGGAAAAGUUUGUAAUAUUCUUCAUGUUUCAGGUGACAUUGUGAAUGUGAGAUAUGAAAACUUGUAA